AUGAAUGAGUUUCAUACACGUAUGCAGUCAUAUAUAUCCGAUAAAAAAUUUCAUUCCCUUGCAUCCCAUGAGGCUGUUGAUGAGUUUGUAACAUUGCUGGAAGAAUCCGGUUACAAGUUCAUAGCUUGCGAUUUUGACGCCACUAUGAUCGAACUUCACUCAGGUGGCUAUGUUAAUCCGGAUGUAGAUAAAGAUGUGUUGGAAUCGGUAACUCCUGAUUUCAAAUCUCUGGCUAAGAGACUCAAGACUUCACCAAUAUCAUUAGCUAUCGUAACAUUUUCUGACGCUGUCCAUGUCAAAGGACACCCCAAAUAUAUUUCUGGUGAAGAGAUGGUCCAUGCUGCUCUAAAACAUAGUGAUUGUGAUGCAGAUAUUGCACAAGUUUACGCAUUCUAUCCAAGAUUCUGGGAUUCACCCAAAAUGUAUUCUAAACUAGGCCUAGAUAAACCGAUGCCUCUUCGCAAGGAGUACCACCUAAAGAGGAUUUGUGCUGAUUUCGAUGUAAAGCUCGAAGAGAUUAUACUAAUCGAUGAUGAUAUCGAAAAUUGUAAAGGUGCCAAGGCUUUAGGGGCUACUGCCCUUUAUGUAACCGGGGAGGGUUUCAAACUAAAAGAAGUAGAACUCUUGUAA